AUGACAACCUCAGAGAUGAACUCCUUACAGUCCAAAGACCAUAAAGUCCUUAUGGACACCAUCGACAAACUAAGGUCCAAAGGAAUUAGUCGUUAUGUGGAUCUACCACAGAUUGUCGUCUGUGGUGACCAGUCCUCCGGCAAAAGCUCAGUACUUCAGGCAAUCUCAGGCAUGUCAUUCCCGAUCAAGGACAACCUUUGUACAAGGUUCGCGACCGAGCUUAUCCUACGACAUGUUCCUGAUGCCCCAGAAAAAUGCAAGGUUUCCAUUCAACCUGGUAAUGACCGUUCAGCGGAAGAGAGGAUCAAGCUCGAGCAGUUUAAUUACUCGGCUGCCCCCAAGGAGAUUGACAUAAGCGCUCUAGUCGAGAAGGCCAAGAUGCAUAUGAGCCUAGGUGAAGAGUCAAAGACCUUCAGCUCAGAUAUUCUACGCAUUGAGGUCAUCGGACCAGCACAGCCGAACUUGACCAUCGUCGAUCUCCCUGGACUGUUUCGAGCUGGAAAUAAGGAGCAGUCAGCCGAGGAUGCUGACACUGUUCGAGAACUUGUGCGGACUUAUAUGUCGAAGUCAUUGAGUAUUAUACUUGCCGUUGUCUCAGCUAAGAGCGACUUCGCCUUACAAGAGGUCACGCAACUUGCGCGGAAGAUUGAUCGCCAUGGGCAUAGGACGAUCGGGCUCAUCACGAAGCCGGAUACUCUUGAUGCAGGUUCAGACAGCGAGCGGGCUUACCUUGAACUCGCACAAAAUCAUGACGUGCACUUCCGCCUUGGUUGGCAUAUUUUGCGGAACCGAGACUAUACAUCGCGUGAUGCAACCAAUGACGAAAGAGACCGGCAAGAAGAGGCGUUCCUGGCACAGGGUGCAUGGGCUGCACUGCCCCAGAAGCAAAAAGGAGUCGCUGCUUUACGAUCUCGACUUAGUGGUGUUCUUACCAACCAAAUUUUGGAACAGCUUCCAGAACUUAUUUCGAAAGUCGACCAUGGCUUACAGGAGUGUUCACAUGCGCUCGAAAAGCUUGGGAUAUCAAGAGCAACCAUGGAGAAACAACGAAGCUAUCUGUUGCAGGCCAGUUACCGAUUCGCGACCUUGAUGAGAGAGGCAAUCAGUGGACUGUAUAGCGACGUAUUCUUCGGAAAUAUUCGUGAUUAUGGUGCAAACCGGAAACGGCUCCGAGCUGUGAUUCAGAACAUACUAACUGACUUUGCGGAACACAUGCGCCAAAACGGCCAGUCGAGAAGGAUUGUAGAGCAGUACGAUGAAGGCGACCAGAAUGGUUCAGUGCAAGUACUCCGAAGCGAGUAUUUGCAAGAAGUGAAGAAACUCAUGAGAGACUCAAGAGGGUGUGAAUUGCCUGGCACUUUCAAUCCUUUAAUUAUCACAGAACUCUUCCGAGACCAGUGCGUUCCGUGGAAGAGCCUCAUUACCAACUGCUCCAACCAUGUCCUCGCUGCUGUCAAUCAUACAGUAGACUUGGUCCUGAGCUACGUCGUUGACGAAAACACAAGAUCGGAGCUGUGGAAAGAGCUAAUAAUACCUGAACUUGAGCUACUGAACCGCAGUCUCUUGGCAAAGACCGAUGAGAUCCUCGCUUCCCAUACUUCCAGGCACCCUAUUACAUACAACCAUUACUUGACCGAGAACGUUCAAAAAGCUCAGAAGCAACGGUCACGAAAGGCUUUGAUGAAACGACUGCAAGAAAAUGGUAAAAGAGGGGGGGUUACGCCCUUGGACAUGACGAUGUCGGAAAUACUUGAUUUCUUCGAAACACAAACGGAGGCUGACAUGGAGUUGUUCGCAAGCUCUACAGCAACUGAUGUAAUGGAGGCAUACUACAAGGUAGCCUUGAAGAGAGUGGUCGACGACUUCAGUGACCUUGCCAUUGAAGCUUGCUUGAUCUCCAAACUUCCCAGCAUGUUCAGCCCGGACCGAGUUGAUUCCCUCAGUCAGGAUAACAUCAGAAGGAUAGCAUCGGAGAACGAAGAAACAACCCAGGAGAGAAUUUCUCUGGUCGAGAAGCAGAAAGUCUUAUCCGAAGGACUUACAGAAUUGAAACGUCUGAUUCGGAACCAUCAACUUGUGCCUUUCAAUGAGCCGUCCGAGAAAAGGUCCAUUUCGGAUAUUGAAAGUCCUACUGCAUCCAUUUCUAGCCGAGAACCUUCACCUGAUUGUGAUCAGCUAAGCUUAUAUUCUCCGCCAAGAUCCGAGGCCAUGGCACCAGCCAGAACCACCUUCGUAUUUGCUGAAGAAGCGGUGGAGACAGAAGAUGACCGUAUUGUUAGAGUCUUUGCAAAUUAUUCCUAG